AUGAGAACUCAUACGGGUGUAAAGCCGUUUACAUGUGUGACUUGUGGAAAGAGUUUUAGUCAAAAAUCUAAUUUAACUCAGCAUAUGAUGAUUCACACUGGUGAAAAGCCGUUUUCAUGUGUGAACUGUGGAAAAAGUUUUUGUCUAAAACAGCAUUUAACUCAGCACAUGAUGAUUCACACUGGUGAAAAGCCUUUUUCAUGUGUGAACUGUGGAAAAAGUUUUAGUCGAAAACAGGUUUUAACUCAGCACAUGAUGAUUCACACUGGUGAAAAGCCAUUUUCAUGUGUGAACUGUGGAAAAAGUUUUAUUCAAAAACAGGAUUUAACUCAGCACAUGAGAAUUCACACAGGUGAAAAGCCGUUUUCAUGUGUGAACUGUGGAAAAAGUUUUAUUCAAAAACAGGAUUUAACUCAGCACAUGAGAAUUCACACAGGUGAAAAGCCGUUUUCAUGUGUGAACUGUGGAAAAAGUUUUAGUCUAAAACAGCAUUUAACUCAGCACAUGAGAAUUCACACAGGUGAAAAGCCAUUUUCAUGUGUGAACUGUGGAAAAUGUUUUAAUCAAAAAUCUAUUUUAACUAAGCACAUGAUGAUUCACACUGGUGAAAAUCCGUUUUCAUGCGUGAUCUGUGGAAAAAGCUUUAGUCAAAAACCGGCUUUAACUCAGCACAUGAUGAUUCACACUGGUGAAAAGCCAUUUUCAUGUGUGAAAUGUGGAAAAAGCUUUAGUCAAAAACCGGCUUUAACUCAGCACAUGAUGAUUCACACUGGUGAAAAGCCAUUUUCAUGCGUGACCUGUGGAAAGAGUUUUCGUCAAAAACAGGAAUUAACUCGUCACAUGAUGAUUCACACUGGUGAGAAGCCGUUUUCAUGUGUGACCUGUGGAAAAAGUUUUAUUCGAAAACAGGAUUUAACUCAGCACAUGAGGAUUCACACUGGUGAAAAGCCGUUUUCAUGUGUGACCUGUGGAAAAAGUUUUAGGGAAAAUAAGAAUUUAAUUUGUCACAUCAGGAUUCACACUGGUGAAAAGCCGUUUUCAUGUGUGAACUGUGGAAAAAGUUUUAGGGAAAAAAAGAAUUUAAUUGGUCACAUGAGGAUUCACACUGGUGAAAAGCCGUUUUCAUGUGUGACCUGUGGAAAAAGUUUUAGUACAAAACAGAGUUCAACUCACCAUAUGAUGACUCACACAGGUGAAAAGCCGUUUUCAUGUGUGACCUGUGGAAAAAGUUUUAGGGAAAAAAAUAAUUUAAUUGGUCACAUGAGGAUUCACACUGGUGAAAAGCCGUUUUCAUGUGUGAACUGUGGAAACCGUUUUAGGGAAAAAAAUAAUUUAAUUGGUCACAUGAGGAUUCACACUGGUGAAAAGCCGUUUUCAUGUGUGAACUGUGAAAAAAGUUUUAGUCAUAAACAGCAGUUAACUCACCACAUGAUGAUUCACACUGGUGAAAAGCCGUUUUCUUGUGUGAACUGUGGAAAAAGAUUUAGUCGAAAACAGCCAUUAACUCAACACAUGAUGGUCCACACUGGUGAAAAGCCGUUUUCUUGUGUGAACUGUGGAAAAAGUUUUAGUCAAAAACAGGUUUUAACUCAGCACAUGAUGAUUCACACUGGUGAAAAGCCGUUUUCAUGUGUGAACUGUGGAAAAAGUUUUAGUCGAAAAGAGCUAUUAACUAAACACAUGACGAUUCACACUGGUGAAAAGCCGUUUUCAUGUGUGAACUGUGGAAAAAGUUUUAGUCAAAAACAGGUUUUAACUCAGCACAUGAUGAUUCACACUGGUGAAAAGCCGUUUUCAUGUGUUACUUGUGGAAAAAAAUUUAGUCAAAAACAGUAUUUAUCUCAGCACAUGAUGAUUCACACUAGUGAAAAGCCGUUUUCAUGCGUUACGUGUGGAAAAAAAUUUAGUCAAAAACUGUAUUUAACUCGGCACUUGAGGCGUCACACAGGUGAAAAGCAGUAGAAGUAUUUUUCAUACAUGUCCUAUGUUGAGGUUCACUAUAGAACUGAUUUGGUUUAAAACUAGAAUGAAAGACUGGAGGGGUUUCAUGUCUA